AUGGAAACUGAUCCAAUGAAUGUUACAUAAAAUUAAACAUAAACAAGACGUCAUUAUCCAAAAGAUGUUCAAGUAAAUAAACAUUUAUAAUAAAAAAGGGUUUAAAGUCUGAAUGGUAUGGAAUAGAACAUCAUAUGUAUGAAAUUGGAUAAGAAAUUUAACGAAAUGAAAAAGAUAUAUUGAAUCUUAGAAAAAAAGAAUUAUUGUACUUUAUUUAUAUUUAAUUGAUUUAGGACUGAAUUAGAUAGAAAAAUGCUUGAGUAAUUAUAAUUAAAAUAGAAAGAAUUAGAAUAAAAAUAUGAAGAUGCAGAAGAAAUGAAAAGAAGAUAAAUGAAAUUCUAAGAAGAAUAAAGAAAAUUCUUAGAAGAUAAAGCUGUAUUGUAAAAGGGCAUUUCUUCUAUUUAUGAUAAAUAAAAAUAAGAUUCCUUAAUAAGAGAAAUGG